AUGUCAACAUCAGAGAACACAACAUCAGUUAUAGUCCAUGAAGCCAUUAAUGAAGAAUAUGAAUACAUACAGUAUAACAAACAAUUGAGACUCAUUCGUUCAGUCAAAGACGAUAUGUACCAAAUGCAGAGUAUUUUGACAGUAUGUUUUGCUCCAGAGAAUAAAACACCAAAUGAAUGGUUUGAAUUAAAUAGCACUCAUGAACUCCUCAGUGAGUUUGAACAUGUAGAACUUAAAAAGAUGUACCAAGACAGACAAAACUUACCAUCACAUCUAAAAGGUAUAUAUGUUCAUAAGUUCCUAGUUAGUUCAAUAGCAAUGUGGGCUUCACCUCGUUAUGCAAUCUACAUACUUAUGCUAUUUGACGAACUUUGUACAAAGCAGAGAGAAGAUAUGAUGAAAGAAGACAAAAGCAUACAGAAAAGAAUACCACGUUCGGUACCAAAAGGAAAGGAGAAGAGCUAUAAGUAUAUGAUUUACACUGAAGAGAUGGAGAAAGAAGAUGAUAAAGAUAUGGUUAUGUUACAUUGA